AUGAGGUUCAAAGAUGAAAUCAUAGAAAAAAUAAGAAACCAUCAAGCAUCCAAGGACAUCGACAGAGUGUUAAACUCUAAAUCAAACCCAAGAUAUAGAAAAAUCUGCUCCUUUAAUGUUACCAGGCCAGAGGAUUAUCUUCAGUUCAGGGCUCUGAAUUUAAACAAAUUAAGAGCCGUUAGUCGUCUCAGAAUAGCAAGCUUGCGCUGGUGCUGUUUGGGAGGGCCGACUGACAGGGCCGAAUUACAGCGGCAGACUAUUGCGGCUCACCUCAGGAAAUUAUACUGGCUACAAAUCCUGGCCGCUUCUCUCUACAAAUGCUUACCACCGGCUGCUGAGCCAGCAUCCCUUCCAACUGUAGCAAAUUCACUGCGGGGGGGGGAGAGGAGGAGGAGGGGCAGAAUUCAAUAG